GCAAUAAAUUAGAAAUUAAUUUAAAUUAAAUUUAAUUAAAUUAAAUUAUAUUAAAUUAAUUUAACGACAACAUGUGAGAGAAGAAGAUUUACAUAAUCCAAUGAAAUGAAAACGAGAAAUUUUUUUUAAUAGAAGACGAGACUUGAAACGAUUUACUCAACACAUACGUGAUUAUUAUUUUAUGUUUCUGUGGGUGAUUGUGCUCUUCUAUACAUUUUCAUUAGAAAGAGUGUACGGCGUUGUGGUGUUGUCGCAACCGUGACGGUGAUGGUGGUGGAUAGUAAGGAUGGCUACGACUAUGGUGAUGUGAUGAUACGGAUGAAUGAGAAUGUUUCGUCUGUGGCUUAAGUUGAGGUUAACUUGCAGAUUUUAAAGCCGUUAUACCUUGUAACUAUAAAGCAUAUCGAACAACAUGAUUAAAAUUAUUGGUUAUUUAACCAUAGCCUACAGUUUAAUAUUUACAUUAAUAUUCCAUCAUAUACCACCAGUAAGAUGUAAACGAAAAGAAAUGAAAGCAGGUCGCUUGGAAAAUGUUACACAAACAAUUUCAAAGAUAUUACAAGGAUACGAUAUACGAUUAAGACCAAAUUUCGGAGACCCUUUGCAUGUUGGUAUGGAUUUAACCAUAGCCAGCUUUGAUGCUAUAUCUGAAGUAAAUAUGGAUUAUACCAUUACUAUGUAUUUAAAUCAGUAUUGGCGUGACGAACGUUUGGCUUUUAAUGCUUUCGGUCCGUAUUACGAUGACGACGCGGAUGAUGAUGGCGUUAAUGAUGUCCUAACAUUGUCGGGAGAUUUUGCUGAAAAGAUAUGGGUACCGGAUACAUUUUUUGCCAACGAUAAAAACAGUUUCCUGCAUGAUGUUACCGAACGUAAUAAAUUGGUGCGAUUAGGUGGUGAUGGCUCGGUUACGUAUGGUAUGCGUUUCACUACUACUUUAGCCUGCAUGAUGGAUUUGCAUUACUAUCCAUUGGAUUCACAAAAUUGCACAGUGGAAAUUGAAAGUUAUGGCUACACAGUAAGCGAUGUGGUAAUGUAUUGGAAGCCCACACCUGUGCGCGGUGUAGAAGAUGCCAAAUUGCCGCAAUUCACUAUUAUCGGCUAUGAGACUAACGAUCGUAAAGAACGUUUAGCUACGGGUGUCUAUCAACGUUUAUCGUUAUCAUUCAAAUUGCAACGAAACAUUGGCUAUUUUGUGUUUCAAACAUAUCUGCCCAGUAUUUUGAUUGUAAUGCUAUCUUGGGUAUCCUUCUGGAUUAAUCAUGAGGCCACUAGUGCACGGGUAGCAUUGGGUAUCACAACUGUUCUCACAAUGACCACCAUAAGCACUGGAGUCCGUAGUUCCUUGCCAAGGAUAUCGUAUGUGAAAGCUAUCGAUAUAUAUUUGGUAAUGUGUUUUGUGUUCGUUUUUGCCGCACUUUUGGAGUACGCGGCCGUCAAUUAUACAUAUUGGGGAAAACGAGCUAAAAAGAAAGUGAAAAAAGGUAAAGACAAUGAACCAAAAAAAACGGGGAAAGCCGAUAAAUCCGAAACGUGUUCAGCAACCGAAGAUAUAAUAGAAUUGCAGGAUGUACGCAUGAGUCCUAUACCAUCACUGCGUAAGGGCAAUUACAAUAGUACACUAGGUUCGCUGGGAGCCGAUUCUUUGGAUUUAGCCAAAUUCCCACCCAGCUUUCGAAUUGCGCGCAACUACGGCACCACCAGCAAUCGUUCAAAUCUACGUUACCGGGGACAAAGAGGUCAAAAGCCUCGCGUACUGCAUGCCCUUAAGAAAGGAGCUACAGCUAUCAAGGCAACGAUACCAAAAAUUAAAGAUGUCAAUAUAAUUGAUAAAUACUCACGCAUGGUGUUCCCCGUUAGCUUUUUAGCCUUUAACUUAGGCUAUUGGCUCUUCUAUAUUCUAGAAUGAUAGCAAACGCUAACACUUCACACUUCCAAAUAGGCUUAACCCUCAAUAGUGUGUAGUGUAAAACAUAACCUAAAAUAAAUUGAGAAAAAUUUCAGAUACCAUACCAUACCAAUCCUACGACGUACAAUCCAAACGGAAAAUCAAAAUAUUCGACUCUCAAGCCCAACAAGCGGAUAAAGUUAAUAAAAAAAAUUCACGUAACCUCUGAAACGGAUAAUAACAAUAACAAGAAAAAGGAAAUUACUUU